CUAUUAAUCGUGGAUUGGUCAUGCAAAUGGGUAAAGGAUUUGAACUAACAGGAUUAGAAGGUCAAGAUAUUAUUGAGCUCUUGCAAGCGGCUUUUAAGCGCAAGGGUAUUAAAGUUCAUAUUUCUGCCAUAGUAAACGAUUCUGUUGGAACUUUUGUGGCAAAUGCUUAUAAAGACCAAAACACAAUUGUUUCUGUAAUUUUGGGCACAGGAACAAAUGCUUCCUGCAUUUGUCAGACAACUUCCAUUACAAAACACAAAUUCCCAAAAGAUUCACCUGAAUACAUGAUUGUUAAUACUGAGUGGGGUAUAAUGGGAAAUGAUUUCUUACCAAGAACAAAAUACGAUAAAAUUCUUGAUUUACAAAGUAACAAGCCGGGAUUUCAACCAUUUGAAAAAAUGGUUAGUGGUCUUUAUUUGGGUGAAUUAGUGAGAUUAGCUAUGGUUGAUUAUGUGAAAAAUUUUGGAUUGUUUGAUGGAAUUCUACCCAGUGGGCUUGAAAUACCAUACAAUUUCACUACUAAACAUAUGUCUGACAUUGGAAG